UGAUUUAUUAUUUUUAUGUUUUUUAUAAAACUAAACAUAAAAGAAAACUCAUGCAACAACGGGUCCAUAUCUAGUAACAAAUAAAGUUCACAUUCAAUUUUUUGUUAAAAAAAUAAAAAAAUAAAUUAUAGCAUGUCAAAAUAUUAUAUAUAUUAAAAUUUAAAACUAUUUAUACGUGUGAAUUCGGAGCAAAUAUUUAAUGUAACAAAGAUGUGUUUCUGAGUAGAACGAACCACUGAAACUCGGUUUAUCUUGAACCUUGUGUCAUACUCAAAUCAAUAUACAACCGGUGGCAAAAGUUCAUCAUGAUCAACAUAUCAUUCUCCAGAGUCAAAAGUACCAGCAACGUUGGCUCGGAAAGUCUCGGUUUGAAUGGCACUCACACCAGUACACCGCCAGGCAUUGAAGACAUGAGUCAAGAGAGUAGGUCACCGCCAUGAGAGAAGCUAUGUCAUCAAAUCACUCUCCUUUUACGAUAUUGUAAGCAUGGUUAACUUCUCCUUUAAUUUGUGUAGAACAACCUCAAAUGCCUCAGCAGUACACCUUCGCAGUAUAGGUAAACUCCUCACGUCCGUGCGUUGGGAGUGACUUCCCAUUCAUGGCCAAAACGACAUGAGCUUAGGGAUCAACUUUUUAGGAAACUGGUUAGGAGACCAUAAACAUUUUCCCCACAAGCAGUUAUGACUGGCAAUCCAUAUAUAUGAUUACAGUUCUUCUGCUAUAUUCCUAGGAGUUGCCGGGCCCAAAAGUUUGGGAACUCAUUAGAAAAUAUCUCAUUACGAGAGAGUUCAUGAUAGGUUGAAAAAAUUGUCAAAUUUUCUAUUUAUAUGAUUUGGGUUGAUAUUUUCAGUUAUUUCAUACUUGGUAACCAAGUUCAUUUAGGGUUUUGGUAACUAGCAUAUAAGUAAGUUUGUUUCACAAUUUAUUCCUCGUCCUUUUCCUCUGCAUCCGUCUUGGUCUCUGAGGUGAGUCUCUCUCUCUCAAAAUCCGACCAUGUAUUUGAUGGUCUAACUUUUGAGACUGAUUUUUCUUUGGUUUAUAUCUGCAGAUAACAAGGUUCUCUGUGUUUCUUUCAGGCAUUUAAAGAGACAAACAUAUCAGGGCAAGAGAUAAUGUUUCCGAUUAUGAGGUCCGACAUGCCUCACUUAACUCUUGAAGAAAUUAGAUCACUCCAUACUGUUACAGUGGAAGAGUUGAAAAUGUUUUUCUUGAUUAAGCCUCUAACUCAGUAUGUGUGUGGCUGUCCUGGGAUCAGUCUUCUUAAGAGACGGCCCUCUCUUGCGCCCUCGCAAGAGCCAGAGAACCAAAGUUAGAUAAUUAGGAUUAUGGAUGUUUUGUUCUUUUGAGACUCAAAAAUAAUCCCUUAUAUAUAAUAUGUGUGUUUUUGAGAGAAAAAACUUAUAUAUUGAUAUUAUGGUUGCCUUUGUUUUAUUUAUGAUCAUUUUCCAGUAUCAUAUGAUUCUUUUUGCUAAUUAAUUAACUCUAAAAAAAAAAUUCUAACACCACCGCUUGUAUCAUGGUCAUGCAUCAUCUUUGAAAAACCACGAAACAGUCCAUGCACCAUCUACUUGUGCAUGUACCUACGUGGAGAUCUUACUAUAUAUGUGUAAGCGCAUCAUUAAUUAGCAGCCAGGGUUGUAUAAUGAGCUUAUCAUACCUGAUAUAAACUAACUUAUAUUUUUAUAAUGAGCUUAUCUUUAGUCAGCCAGGGUUUGUACAAUGAGCUCAUCUUCAGCUGAUAUUUUUUCAUAAUAAAUAACUCAUAAAACUUAUAUGAGAUAUGCAGAUAAUGGUUAAAUGAAGGCAUGCAGGUUUUUAAUGAGAAGGAAAAGCUUGCGCGGGAGGUUGUGAAAAAUAAAUACUUUGCGAGCUAGCUACAUAUUUUGAAAGAUAAGAAACAAUCUGUAAUGAUCCACUCCCACCAUCUCCACUUCUUUCUCCAACCCCACCACUUCCACCUUCUUCUCCACCAUUUCCACCAUCUCCACCUUCUUCCCCACCAUCUCCAACUUCUAUAAAACUCAAGAAAAAGAGAAAGAGAGAGAGAAAGAGAGAGAAGAAGAAGAGGAGAGAAAGCUCACCUGAGCUCGUUGCCGGAGCAACCGUGCGCCGUUAUCACGUUCAGCUUGCCACCACCGAUAAACACCCUAGACCACCAUCGUGUUCCUCUUGACGAGACGAAUCCGUAGCCACCGAAAACGCCUCAAUCGGAGCCCGGACGAAGCCGCACGCGCCUCCAGAAGUUUCGCCACUGCGCGCGCGUGAGGUACACGCGCCGCCGCCGGACCACGGUCAUCCGCCGCAGCUCCGCCGCCGGACCACCGUCCUCCGCCGCAGCUCCGCCGUCGCCGCCGGCCAUAUUUCCGAUUUGGAGUCCAUUUGAGCAGCUGGAGUUCAUAGUUACCACUUCUUUUCAUUGCUAAGGUGAGACCGACGAGCAGGAGUGAUUAUCGGACCGGUGCUAUUGGGCUUUUGGACUUCUAUCGCUUUUACCGCUUUUAUCGUUAUCGGGCCUUUUGGCGUUAUGCUAUCGUAUUGACUUUUAUAUUAUGGUGGAAAUUAUUAUUAUUAUUUGAGUUGUAUUAUUAUUUUAUUUCCGCUUUUAUCUAUUUAUUAUAUUUCGAAAGUGACGGGUGUUACAUUUUGGUAUCAGAGCUAUUUAUUUAUCGUAACAUUUUAUUAUGUAAAUCGGGGUGUCACAAUUUGGUAUCAGAGCUAUUUAUUUAUCGUAACAUUUUAUUAUGUAAAUCGGGUUGUCACAAUUUGGUAUCAGAGCGGGUUCCGUCCCGGCUCCGACCCGGGAUGGCGAUUUUUGGAGACCUGGUUUUAUUCGGUUUUGACGGUUUUAAACGAUUUCAAAAUAUUUUCGGGGAUUUGAGAAUUUUGAAAAUAAAAAUAAAUAGCACCUUUCCGUUCGAUAUCACUUCUUCUUAAAUGUUGGUAUCCAAAGUUCAGCGUAAGUUAACUAUUCGCUCCCCUUUCAGAUGCCGCCAAGGAGAAGAACCACCCGUACCUAGACCGCCAGAGCUGUUAGAGACGAUGUAGAUGAGCAUGAGCAGCCCGCAGUUCCACCACCCACGGCUCCACCAGUUGAUCAGGAUGAAUUGAGACAGAUGGUUCAGGAUGCCGCUAGACAGGCCGCUCAGGAGGCACUUCAGCAGAUUGCCCAGGAGGCAGCCAGGCAGGCCGCUCAGGAGGCCGCCCGAGUAGCUGCUCAGGAGGUUGCAUGUCAUAUGGCUGCCGUUCAGCAGGGUCCUCAGGUUCAGGUGCAGCAGGGUCCGCAGAUUUGGGUUCAGCAAGUUCCACUGGUUCAGGUCCAACAGGAUCAGCAGGGUCCAGUUCAGCAGUUUGCUCAUGGUGUUCAGGAUCUACCACCACCACCACCGCGACCUCAUGUUUACCCGGUUUAUGAUGAGAGGUUCUACAGGCUGACAUGUCAGAUGAGAAACAUGGAGAUGGAGCAUUUUAGCGGAACAGUGGAUGCUGUAGCUGCACAUGAUUGGAAGUUAGCCUUGCAGCGGAAGCUGGAGAUUAUUGAGUGUCCACCAGAGUUGUCGCUCAGAUUGACUAUACAAUACCUUCGUGGAGAUGCUCUUAUAUGGUGGGAGGGAAUACGAUUGAGUCACUUUGGGCCAGGGAGGCUUACCUUUGCAGACUUCAUCCGAGAGUUCGAUAGGAAAUACUUUCCGAAGGAAGCUAUGGAUAGGAAGAAAUGCGAGUUCGAGCAUGUAAGUCAGGGUAAGAUGUCUAUCAGGGAGUAUGAGGUUGUGUUUAACCAAUUUCGCAGGUUUGCUGGAGAGGGCAUUUUAGAGGAAGACCUGAUGAGGAAAUUUCUGAAUGGGAUGCGAGUAGAGAUUCGCAACAGGUGCCGUGUCGCCACUUAUCACAGAUUGGGAGACUUGGUGGAGAAAGCUGCCGAGCAGGAGGCAGGUUUGGCAGAGGAGCAGAAGUACACCAAGGCAGAUCAGCCUAAGUUUGGAGGGACUUCAGAGGCACAGCAGAGGACAUGGGACAAACCGAGCAUACAAUGCUUUUAUUGUGGAAAGAUGGGACAUAAGAGUAGGGUUUGUCGGAGUAGGCUAUUUAAUGCCCAGGUUGCGCCACCAGCAGCGGCAGCAGCACCAGUAGUGGAUGUUAGGAACUGUUUUGGUUGUAACCAGCCAGGUCACAUUUUCAGAGACUAUCCGAGGAGGGAUAAUGCAGCGCUUCCACCACCACCGAAGCGUUUAGCCAUCGCUCCACAUGUGUUUACAGUUGGAGAUCCCCAGGGAGCUGAGCCGAUAGCGGGUGAGACCGACGAGCAGGAGUGAUUAUCGGACCGGUGCUAUUGGGCUUUGGGGCUUCUAUCGCUUUUACCGCUUUUAUCGUUAUCGGGCCUUUUGGCGUUAUGCUAUCGUAUUGACUUUUAUAUUAUGGUGAAAAUUAUUAUUAUUAUUUGAGUUGUAUUAUUAUUUUA